CAGUCGACUAUUACAUUCUGUUGGCGACAGUUCAAAUUAAGUGCUUCAAUAUGUUUGGAAAGAUUAUUAUUUCCAUUUGCAUCAUAGGCAUCAGCCAAGCAGUAUUAAUUGAUCAAAAACACGAACAGGACAAAGAAAGCCCUCACGGGUGGCAAAUGGUGAAAACCUACCACCCGCCUAAGUCAGCCUACAUGUACAAAUACGAGCCUUUCGCAUACCCCAAAUAUGAGUUCGAGUAUUCAGUAUCAGACAAGAAGACUGGAGACCACAAACACCACCAUGAGACACGUGACGGCGACCGAGUUCGUGGGGAGUACAGCCUUGUGGAGUCAGACGGCUCACUCCGGAAGGUGCAGUACCACGCUGAUGAUCACAAUGGAUUCAACGCGGUUGUAAGCAAAACGGUAAACAAGCAUGGAGACCAUGCAGUUUCAGUCACGGAUCACACCAGAUUCUUCUACCCAGUCGGUCACGGUAUCAAAAUCAAUCACUACUUCCCCGGCAAGAAUUAUCAAUACCAACAACUUGAACAAAAGGAGAAUAUCAAUGAAAGAAAACCUGUUCAUGAAGAGAGAGAACCCGAAGUUGUUAAGAACGAGGAGCCUACAAAAAUGGUAGUAAUUAACUCAGCAGAGAAUGUGAUGUUAGUAGAAGAACCAGUUCCAGAAACUACUCCUUUACCAAAAGCCGAAGUGGUCGAAACUGUUCAAGUUGUCCCAGCCGUAGUGUCCGUCAUAACUCCUACUCCCGAAAACGAGAAAAUCAAUAAUGAAAUCCCAACUACUGCCGCUGAAAAGACUGAAGAACCUCCAAAAGAAAUUACAACCCCAGCAGAAGAUCAAGCACCGAAGGAAGAUCAACCCUCAGAUUCUGAAGUAGCAUCAUCCUUUUACCACUCAAGAAUAUACUAUGUUGGUUUUUAAUUAGGUUCAAAUUAACUUGUUGAUUAGUAUCAUAAGCAAAUAAGUCAUUGUAUUAACUAGCUCGUUUUUGUUAUUAAUUUUCUUUGUUAAUGUUUUUCAUGUGUUAAUAAAUUAAUAUUUUACCAUGUA